GCUGGGGCGUGGUUUUCUGAUAUCUCACUGAACUAUCUGUCGUCAGCGUUCAGUAAAUACCAAAGAGACGGCUUCGACGGUUAUCAUUGCCUGGAAAAGGUUAAAAAUGGACCAAAAAGUGAUACAAGUUCUGUUGCUUUUAUUUCUUUGUCCACAAAUCCAUUCUGCUGUUGAAACAGUAGGAGAGGGACAGUUAAAGAAAGUCAAGUGUACGCUUCCUUCGAAGGGGACGAUUGUGUUCUGGUUUAGAGUGGUGGAGGACCAAGGCAUGGAAUUCAUCGGGUCUUUCUCCCCUGCUGGUCAAGAAAAAACUCCUGGAGCCAACCACGGCAAGAACCUCAUUGUAGAAAAGCAAAAUAAUGACUUUGUUUUAACGGUGAAGUCCUUCAACAAGAAAAGUGACAGUGGGAUGUACACCUGUGCUGCUCUUGUCAGCGGAAAUACGCUCUCGUUUGGACAAGUAACUCAGCUUCAAGGACCAAUUAGAACGACAACAAAACCACCAGUAAUCCAGGUCUCCACCACCAGGCAGACGACAACAACUCCGACCAGCUGCCAUUGUAGCAAUAAGGACAAAUCAGCAGGUCCUUCCCUGUUUUGUGCUCCGAUCAUACUGGGCCCACUGGCCGGAGGCUGCGGCCUUCUUCUUCUGCUCCUCAUCAUCACCAUUUUAUACUGCAACAAAAUAAGGACUCGGAGAUGCCCUCACCAUUACAAAAGGAAGCCGAGGAUGAUGGCUCCUGAGAAACAACUGACCGAUCGGUACGUCUGAAACGGAUGUAGUGACUUCGUGUGCAGUUUUUCAAAGUGCAGCUAUAUUUCCCCCCUUAUGUUUGUCACAAAAAAAUGUUUUUAACAAUAGCUUGUAAAAUACAAAAUUAAUAAUCUGAUGUCAGACAAAAAAAAAGUUUGUGUGUGCCAGAAAACAUUUAGUGACUGAAGCGGAGAGAGAGAGAGCUUUGGUUAAUUAUUAGUUAUGUCAAACUUAUUAUUAUUAUUAUUAUUAUGGACAUGAAGUUUUUAACUGAGGUGCAGAUUAAUGUCAGAAAACAAUUCGCUGCCGUGUUUGCAUCUUUUUAUUAUGUCAUGCGACAGUAAACUUGCCCAAUCCUAAUUGUUGCUGAUGUAACUGAAGACGAAACUGAGAAUAUAUUAUUAUUGUUUAUAUUACAAACUAACCUUGUUGUAACUGUAUAUACAUAUUUUUUUCUCCUCUUCUUUGCUCACAUUUACAGUACUUCGAUCUGAAUUUCCUCUUGAACUGAGAUCAAACUUUUCCGUCACACUUUAGCUUCCUGUUUGUGCUUCAAGCUUUUUAUAACCACAGUUCGAUUGUUCAGCUGAAAUAUAACGUGCUUCUGGGACGCGUGUUUUCUUUCAUUGUAAUACAUCAUUUGGUCAGCCAAACUAAUAAUAAAGAAGAACAAAAUCUGAAAUCUUAAUUUUGCAUGUUUUUUUUUUUUUAUGUUUGCGUAUUAAAAAAAAAAAUCCUCUACAGUUCAGGAAAAACAAGAUUUCUUUCUCUUCCUUUUCUUUUUUUAAUAAUUCCAGUCAAACAAACUUUCCUCGCGUGUUGCGUUUUUCUUCUCUUUAUUUUAUAGUAUUUUUCCACAGAUGUAACAAACUCUUGAGAAGCUGUGAAAUUACAAUAUUUGAGACAAAGACAUUCGCUUUAAAACCCACUGGAGUGGAGAGGAAGCGGGCUGCUGCAUCAACAGCAUUCAGAAAAACCCACACGUUAGAAGAAGAGAAAGCUACAUUUAAGGAGAUUCUGUUCCUUAAAGCUUUAAUAACGCACGUGUCCGUUGGACCAGUUUUGGUUUUCGUUCCUGAUUUGUAUUUAUUUUUUUGUCACUGGCAUCGUUAAAUGAUGAGUCUUUUCAUGUUGGCUUUAAUUUCACGUUUUGGCACAAAUGAUGCCAAACGUAAUGAUUCUAAGGUUUGCAUUUUCUUUAAUAUGAUUUAUUUGGUUAGAAAAAAAAAAGGAAGAAGCAACCCUCUGUAAAUUAUACAGUGUUUUUCUUAAAAGAGCAGAAAGUCUUUUUCAUUUUUACAGCAUAUGAAUGAUAGCACUUCACAAACCUUGUAAACAUAUCAGUUCACUAAGUACACUUGUGAAUACCACAUUUUUUUUUUCAUAA